CAGCAAAGGCGCCAGCAGAGGCUCCAAGAUGACCAUCGAGCAGCGCUACCAAGAGGUCAAAGCAGCCGCCGAACGUUACCAGAUUCUACAGAUUGGUCUGACCUGCGCCGAGCAAGAUACCAUCGAUGACAAGUACACGCUGCGCCCGUACAAUUUCAACCUCAACCCGCUGCUGGAGGAGCGGUUGGACAUAGAGAGGAUAUUCGCGUUCCAGAGCGGCGCUGCCGAGUUUCUGCUCAGCCACGGCUUUCGCAUGGACCUGCCCAUGACCAUGGGCGUGCCGUAUCUGUCGCGAGACGAGGCCAAGCUUGCGAAGAAGCUGGCCUAUGCCAGAUGGGACAAGUCGACCAUGCAGGACGUGCAAUUAGAGCUUCACGAAGUGGAAUCGCUGGAGUUUGUCCGCAAAGUUCGCAUCGCCAUAGAAAACUGGAAGAAAACCGGCAAGCCCUCCCCGUCGUACCUUAACAUUGUCUGCAGCGACCCCAUCGGACCGCAGCCUCUCUUCCCUGAACUUGGUAACUUUGAGAAGCGCCUUGUCCACCAGCUCGUGAGGGCCGAGUACCCGGACCUCGUGUCUCUCUCCAAACCGUCAGCUAUCCAGCUCAAGGCGUAUGACGAAGAACGUGAGAAGUCUUACUUGGAGUCCAAAAAGCGCGGCCUGCGGAAGAGCAUCGAGCGGCAGACGGGUUUCAGAUGGAUUGUAGAAGCGCUGUGCGGCGGCAGCCUCACGAUGGAUCCCAAGAGCUUCGCACGUGACGUACUUACGGGAGAGCCGAAGACGGUCGACAUUGACGAUCUUAAUGCCCGCAUUGGUCGAGCCCGGGCGAACCUCAAAAUGAGGCGACCGGUUCUCGUUGGUCAUAACCUGUUCACAGACAUCAUCUAUUUCUAUCGCACAUUCAUUGGCGAGCUGCCGCCGACGCUGGACGAGUUCCAGAAGAAGGUCCACGAGCUAUUCCCCCUCAUUGUAGACACUAAAUACAUGGCUACGCAUAAUUGCGGCGACAUUAACCCGGCCUCAGCACUCGAGCAGAUCGAAGAGAAGCUCCGUUCGCAGCCGAAGCCAGUCCUGGAGACCCACGGGGCACACCGCAAAUACCACACGCACGAGGCGUUCCACGAAGCCGGCUACGACAGCUUCCUGACCGCGAACAUCAUGGUGCGGCUCUCGGCCAAGCUCUCAGCCGCAGGCACCUACCUCAGCGAAGUGAAGCCCAAAACCGGCCGCGACACAGACGACGAAGCCUACGAGACAGCCUCGGACGGCGACGGCGGCGGCGGCGGCGGCGUCGCCCUCAGCGCUGCGCAAGCGAUCCCGCCUGGUAACGCGGCUGCGAGUACGGGACUGCUGACGGCGUCGACGGAGGCGAAGACGCGCCUGCUCACGCCGGCCAUCGCGCCCCCGGUGCUCGCGUCGCAGACGUCUGCCCCUGCCGCCCCAGCUAGUACAACAAGCACAAAAGAGUCACGCCGGAAGGAGAAGAAGCUGCGUAAGAAGAAAGAAAAGAAAGCCGCCAAGGCCACUGCCACGGCCGCAGCCGCAACCAAAGACACCGCCAAAACAGAAUCGUCCCGCUUCUCGACGCAGAACCUGUACGACCAGCUCGCGGCGCUGUCGGCCAACGACGACGGCGAGUCGCACUCUGAAGAGGACGGCGACGUAGGAGCCGACGCAGCCGCAGCCGCAGCCGCACCGCACCACCACCCCCCCAACGCCGGCGGCUGGGACACGGCGCCCGUGCUCGUCGACGGCACGACGUACUACGUGCCGAAGGUCGAGGUCGAGGCCAAGGAGCCCAUGGCGCUGAUGCCGCCGUUUGAGAGCCCGUUCUGGGGCGUCUACGGCAACAAGCUGCGCGUGUUUGGGACGGUGGAGAGCGUGUGCGCUUUGGUGGGGUGAGAGAGUGAGUCGUGGUUGGUGGUUGGGAGCGCGGGUGCGUGGGUGCGUGUGUGGGAUGGGACGAGGGAAGGGGGAAGGGGAAGUGGGCUUCUGGUGGUGUUGGGGCGUUGAUUGGCAGGCGGGUGUGGGUAUCGAUCGCUUGCUCGAUUGCUUGCUUGCUUGCUCGAGACUCGAUGGCUGCCGUACUAUUAUAGAUGUACGGUGCAGAGCUAGCACACGACUCCCGCUUGCCCCCCAGAACGCAAAGCAGAACAGCUCCAUCCAAACCCAAUCCAACAUCCACACGCACCCAACCCCUAGCAACAAAAAACGAGAAACAUACCCUAACGUAACGUAAAGUAACGCAACGAAAAAGCAAAAACAGACGCAGAAUCUUUGUUUGCUUGCCAAGAGCGAAUAUCAAAUGAAUAAAGGAUUGAAUAAAGAUUGAAUAAAUGAUU